AGCCGGCAGGAGAAGGGGCUGGGUCGGGGCUUGUGAGGGGCGUGGCGGCCUUGGAGACGCUCGAACCCGGACGUUAGGGCUUGGAGGGGCCUGUGGAGAGGGCCGUGGCGGUGUACCCUGGAGCUUGUCCGAAGGGUCACAGCUAGGGGACUCCCUGAGGUCCUGUCUCCAGCCUUGAGCGAAGGGAAGGCACCAGAAAGCAGGCCGCCCACCAUGUCAACGUUCAGGCAGGAAGACGUAGAAGACUACUAUGAGAUGGGGGAGGAGCUGGGCAGUGGCCAGUUUGCCAUUGUACGGAAAUGCCGACAGAAGGGCACCGGGAAGGAGUAUGCGGCCAAGUUCAUCAAGAAGCGCCGUCUGUCAUCCAGCCGGCGGGGCGUCAGCCGGGAGGAGAUCGAACGAGAGGUGAACAUCCUGCGGGAGAUCCGGCACCCCAACAUAAUCACGCUACACGACAUCUUUGAGAACAAGACGGACGUGGUGCUCAUCCUAGAGCUGGUCUCGGGUGGGGAGCUCUUCGACUUCCUGGCGGAAAAGGAGUCACUGACGGAGGACGAGGCCACUCAGUUCCUCAAGCAGAUCCUGGAUGGCGUCCACUACCUGCACUCCAAGCGCAUCGCCCACUUUGACCUCAAGCCAGAAAACAUCAUGCUGCUGGACAAGAACGUGCCCAACCCACGGAUCAAGCUCAUCGACUUUGGCAUCGCGCACAAGAUUGAAGCAGGGAAUGAGUUCAAGAAUAUCUUUGGCACCCCCGAAUUCGUGGCUCCAGAGAUCGUCAACUAUGAACCCCUGGGUCUGGAGGCGGACAUGUGGAGCAUCGGAGUCAUCACCUACAUCCUUUUGAGUGGCGCCUCCCCGUUCCUGGGUGAGACCAAGCAGGAGACCCUGACCAACAUCUCGGCUGUGAACUAUGACUUUGACGAGGAAUACUUCAGCAACACCAGCGAGCUGGCCAAGGACUUCAUCCGCCGGCUGCUUGUCAAAGACCCCAAGAGAAGAAUGACCAUCGCCCAGAGCCUGGAGCACUCCUGGAUCAAGGCAAUCCGGCGGCGGAACGUGCGGCGUGAAGACAGCGGCCGGAAGCCCGAGCGGCGGCGCUUGAAGACGGCGCGCCUCAAGGAGUACACCAUCAAGUCCCACUCGAGCAUGCCCCCCAACAACACUUACGUCAACUUCGAGCGCUUCUCCAAGGUGCUGGAGGAGGUGGCGGCAGCGGAGGAGGGCCUGCGGGGCCUGGAGCACAGCCGGCGCCUCUUCCACGAGGACAUCGAGGCGCUGACGGCCAUCUACGAGGAGAAGGAGGCCUGGUACAGGGAAGAGAACGAGAGCAUCGGCCAGGACCUGCGGCGGCUGCGGCAGGAGCUGCACAAGACCGAGGCACUGCAGCGGCAGGCCCAGGAAGAGGCUAAGGGUGCCCUGCUGGGGGCCAGUGGGCUCAAGCGCCGCUUCAGCCGCCUCGAGAACCGCUACGAGGCCCUGGCGAAGCAGGUGGCCUCCGAGAUGCGCUUCGUGCAGGAUCUGGUGCGCGCCAUGGAGCAGGAGAAACUGCAGGGCGUGGAGUGCGGCCUUCGCUAGAGCUGCAGGUGGGGGGAGGGGCGCGGGGCGGAGGGCACCCGCAGUGUGGGCCUCUGUCACCCCGGGCCGGCCCUGGGGCUUCCUGAGCUGGGGGGGCCGGGGCGGGAGGGGUGCUGGGCUGGGACGCGCUCCAUGGGGCUGGGAAUUCGAGGCCACUUAGCUCCUCUGUCCCACGGCCCUGGCAACUCGGGGGGGUUCUGGGGCAGCGUCACCCAGGGGACUCUGGGCUCUGCAAACGGCUGGCUGGCGGGGGGCAGCCUCUGUGUGCGGGGCCUGUGUAGGGGGCUUUGCCCAGGGCCCGGGGCUUGGCAUCAGAGGGGCCUCAACGGCCUCUGCUGGACACCAGACAGGAGGUGGCUCCCCCGGGGUCCGCGGUGGAGGUGGUUUCUGACCCGGCUCUCUUCAUCCCCCAUGCUCACUGUGCCCCCAGCACUGAGCUAGCACCAGGGCCAAUGGAGGGGAUGGCCCAGCCCUCGAGGUGUCAGUUUGGAGGGGCUACUGAGAGUGUGUGUGGCCGGGUGCCGUACCCUGAUGCAGAAGCCCAGGGCGUCCCAGGUGCGGGGUGAGGCGCCGUCAUGGCCCCACGCUCGUCUCUGAAGCUCCCACGGCCCAGUAUGCGGGGAUGACACACCCAGCCCCCGUCGCACCCCAGCUUUACUCCCCGUUCCAGUGCUGCCUUUUGGACUGUCAGGGCUCGCGGUCGUGGCCAUUGGAGUCGUGGCCCCUGGAAUGCUCUGCGAAGGCUCAGGGUCCCCUGAGUGCCCGUCCAGCCCCUGCAGCUCCGCGGGAGGAGAAAGCCCCGUUGCCCUGGACCAGAGGGGGUGAGGGGGUUGCCGCGGGCAGUGCUAUCGUCCGCCACUAGGUGCCGCCCUCGAGCAGGGUCAAGGGCCAGAGGAAGGGCCUAAGGUCUGGGCUUCACCAAAACGUGGGUCCCCGGCGGGUGGUGCCCUGCGCUGGUUCUUCUCAGCUGUUGGUCGGGUUAAGAGAGUGACACCUGUGCAGCCUGUAGCCCGAGAGUUCCCGGGACAGAGGCCGUCCUGGGCCGAGUGCGGGGAGGAACCAGGCAGGGGCACUGGCCAGGACCUCAGGAUCUGGCUGUGGGGUCUGACUGGGCUGUCCUCCUGUGUGCCUAGGCCUGGCCCCAGGGCUGGGGUGAGCCACUGUGUACCCCUCUGCGAGCCCUGUUGUACCCAUGUGCAUGUGUCUGCUGCAAGCCUAAAGGAAAUAAAGCCCCACUUCCCUGACGCACGGCUCUUUGUGCACUCCGGCCCGGGCACCCAUGGCCGUGCCUUGCAGGCUCGCAAGUCUGUGCAUCUCCCCUGCUGCCCUGGUGCUCUUUGGGAGGAAGAGGGCAUCAUGGGGGGCUGCGCAGGCCACCCUGAUCUCGGGGUUCAGCUGGUCUCACUUCCUUGUCAUGAACUGGAAGCUUCCAGGCAACCAGGGUGGUCAGAGGGGUUUCCUGCCCUCUUUGGGCCCCAGCACAGAGCCCACCCCGUCCGUUCGGAGGGGAUGUGUGGCGUGCUUGGCACCCCUGCUGCUGAUCACUGCAGCCUCUGGGUCUGGACUGUGGUGCCAGGAAGGAGCCCGCACCAUCCUCUUACUGCCUCAUUCCAAACACCCCGUGCCACAUUGCUUGUUUGUCUUUUUAAUUUAAAAAAUUUGGAUCUGACUUACCAUAACAUUUAUCUCGUUUUAAUCUCUUUCUGGUUCACAGCAUCAGGUUUUCGCAUUUCAGUAAAUUUCAGCUCUUUGCUCAGACCUCAGGUCUUUGCUUGUCCCUGACGGACCUUUGCAGCUGGACUGUCCAGCCCAGGACCUGGUGUGGCCUGCUCAUGCGUCUGGCCAUCAGGUCCUUUAGGAUGAUGACUGAGCGGCCAGCCCCCCUGUAUCACACUGCAGAGAACAGUGGUCCGGCUGUGGGAGAGGGGUGCCCAGAUGUGCGUAGUGUGUGUGAGAUCAGUAGGCCUUCAGAGCUUGCGGGGGCCCAGGACGGGCAGACGGCUCCGGUCCGGCCAGUGCUGAUCAGGCCUCGCACGUCCUGGGCUCUGUGCCAGGCACCGUGCAGCGGUGGCGGGAGGUUGAGACGUCUGUCCUGAUGCGGGGGAGGAGGGAGGACUCACCCAUCCAGCUGCUCUAAGAUUGGGUAGAAACUGAAAUUCACUUUGGCCUUAGACCUACACUUUCAGUAUCCAGAGUCCCCUGUGCUGCUGGCUUGAAUGGCAGGCAUCUACUAGGUAAUGGCAGGCGUCCUUGCUUUGGAAACAACUUGGCCCCACCCCUCCUCCCUGGGUUAUCUUGGUGGCUCCGCUCAGCCCAGCCCCAGGUUCCUCAUUCCACCAUUUGAGGGCAUGGGGAGCCACUUUGGGGUCACACGGCACCUAGCCAGGGCGUCUGGCUCAUGCCAGUGCUUAGCAGAGAGUGCUGUCCUUUUGCAGAGCCUGUGGGGCUGAUAGUUACUAAUCCGGACUUUGGCCCACAGACUCUGAGAUGGCCCCCGUGGAUCUUUGCCCCCCGCUGUCGCCCCUCGAGAGUGGGCUGGCCCAGUGGUGGGUUCUACCCAACAGGAUACAGCAGAGGUGAUGGAGGUCACUUCUUGUGUUAGGCUAUGUAAGAUUGUGGCUUCCACCUUGCUGGCAGACUUUUGGCUCGCUGGUGCCAAUGAAGGGAGCUUGUUGGGAGGCCCAGAUAGCCAGGAGUGGCCAGCAAGGAGGAAAGCCCACCAACCGCAUGAGUGGCCCCAGAAGCAGACCACUCUUCCCCAGUGGAGCCGUUGGAUGAAACUCAGCCAUCUGAUAAAACUCAGCCUUGGCUGGCACCUGGAUCGCAGCCUCCCGAGACACGCUGAGCAGAGGACCCAGGUAAGCUAUGCCUGGAUUCCUGACCCGUGGAGACUGGAGAGAACGUGUGUUGUUUAAGCCACUCUCAGCGGUCCUGUGUUACAUGGCAGCAGCUGACUGAUACACUGAGGAAAGUGAGCUACAACCCCUUGUCGGUUGACUGAACAAUUCACCUGCUCCCGUCCUUUGAGGCCACACUGUGCUUGCUAAGCUUUCAUUCCCUCUUCUUUAAGGGGCUGUGAUUGGGAUGUGUGGUAGUGCUGGGCCGCCAUCUUCCUUCCGCUCUGAGGAGAGUGGACCACUGCGCAAGUGUGCAGGGAGGGCUCCCUGCCGUCUGGUUUGGCGUUGUGCAGAGCGGGGGCGGUGGCGUGCCUGUUUCUUGGGGUGGGUUGGAGGAAUGGGCCAGGGAGCCAUGGAUUGCAUUCCUCUAGCGGGUGGGAAUCAGGCCAGACCUGCCCAUAGGUUGGCUGAGAUUUUGACUGCAGUUGUGUGUGAAGCUCGUUGGAGGGGAGGAUUUAAAGCUUGUGUUUGUCUCAAAGCAAAGCUCUCUAAUUGCAGAGCGACCUCGGGCAAGUUACCCCCUCCUGCAAAAGGCGCCCAACCACAAAAUGGUGGCGACUCCGCCUUCCCCAUCGCCAACACUGAGGACCUGGGGGGAGCUCAGGGUGGGCUCUGCAAUCAUGAAGUGUGGUGUUAGAGUAGGCGUCGAAGCUGAUGGAAGCUGAGUCGGAGCUGGGCGAGGCCACUGCCACGGGUGUCCCCAGGCAAUGGGUUGGGUUUUCCCAGCGUGCAUCCCCCGACACGAGCUGCAGACAGGGCACGGGGUGGGCACGGGCAUCACAGUCGUGACUAGGGCCACGCUGCGCAGCUCCAGAAUCACAGCUCUCACUCGGUGCUCCUCUGCGGUGGCGUGCAAGUCGUUUCACAUCUUCCAUGGCUCAGUGUACCCCUCUAUGAAACGGGCAGAACAGAACCAACAGCAGGGGUUGAUUUUGAAGAUGAAAUGGAUCAAGAUAUAUAAAGUGCUUAAAACAGAGCUGGUCGCAGUAGCCAAAAGGUGGACACAACCAAAGUGUCCACCAACAGAUGAAUGGAUAAAGAAGACGUGGCCCAUCCACACCCUGGAAUAUAGUGUUCUGUUACAAAGAAACUCUGACCCCUGCCACAACGGGGACGGACCCCGAGCCCAUGACCCUCAGAGUGGGCGCCAGACACAGAGGGCCACACGGGGUGUAAGUCCACGUGGGUGACGCGUCCAGAACAGGCUCAUCCACGGAGAAUUGAAAGCAAGGAGUAGAGGAGCAAUGUGAUUCACAGCAGCCAAAUGGUGCAAGCAACCAGGUGUCCAUCGAUGGAUGAAUCAAUAAACACGGUGCAGUCCAUCCACGCGCUGGAACAUGAUCCAGCCUUAGGAAGGAAGGGACCCUGACGAUACCAUGCUCAGUGAGAGGAGCCAGACCGAGAGGGACACGUCCUGCAGGGCCCCACUCCCAGGAGGUCCCCAGAGGAGUCCCAUCCACAGAGACAGGAGAGGGUGGGAGCCAGGGCUGGGGUAGGGGGUGGGGAGUCCGUGCUUUGUGGGGACAGAGUCUGUGUGGGGAGAUGGAGAAUCCUGGAGACAGAGGGUGGGGGUGCCUGCAGGACAGGGUGAGUGUGCUCCAUGCCACUAACAGUGGUUAAGCUUGUUAACCCCCGCCCUGUGCCUCGCCCUGCACCCCUCUUCCACCUGGCUGUUCCUGAGUUAUAUCCUUUGUAAUAAACGGGUAAUCU